UUGUUGGGGCAGACUAUAAAAAUCAGUUGCUCAUCUGAAAUCUCUUAAAUACCUCUUUGAAUAUAGCGUUACCUGCUGAGCCACACCUGGUUCUAACAGCCAUCCCAUGACACAUACUCAACAGGCAACAUGGGAUCUCUAGAUACGGACAUCAGCCAGGACUUUCAGGAUGCCAUUGAUGUGAUGCAACGACACUCUGAAAUAUUCUACUGUGACGCAGACACUAAAUACUAUGAGUCUCUGCGGUGUCAGGACUCUUCUGUGUCAUACCCUGCUUCUUGUUACCAUUCCUUUUACAACCCCCAUGGUGGGGGUCCAGGAACCACAUGUGACUGGGGGGAAGCAUCAUCUUGGUCUCAUGUCGUGCCAGAGGCAUCUCCAUGGGGAACAGCUGAGCCCCCAACACUUUACCCAAUCCUACCAGAACGCAUCGGAAAAACCCGUAAGAAGCUCCGUCUGUACGAAUACUUACAUGAAGCCCUCCAUGAUGCCAGCAUGGGUGACUCCAUCCAGUGGACAGACCGUGGGAAUGGCACUUUCCACUUCAUCUCCAAGAACAAAGAGAAGCUGGCUGAAUGCUGGGGACAGCGCAAGGGCAACCGCAAGGCCAUGACUUACCAGAAAAUGGCACGUGCCCUACGCAACUACAGCCGCACUGGGGAAAUCAUCAAGGUGCGGCGCAAACUCACCUACCAGUUUAACCCACUGAUCCUACAGAGACUGGGCACCGUGGCAGCUACCAGCUCUGGGCCCUCAGUGCAAGACCUGCUCGCUCACCAACAAGUCCCAUCUGACCAGGGUUAUUACUGCUCAGCUGGACCUGACUGGCACAGCUGGUACGGGCAGUACCCUUACCAAGGGGAGUAUGACCUCACUUCUGUACUGACAUCACGGUCUGAAACGGCCUGAAAACAUGUUUCAACUGAGCGAGCCAUUCCAGACCCUUCCAUUUUGCUAUAUUCACUUGUAUGAACUCUUAUGGGACAGUUAAUGCUAUGAAUAAACCAGACCAAAAAAUAAUGGCAAAGGUGAACUCCUCUGGGGCCACUGAUGCUAUAAGAUGAACCAGACUGAAAAAAGUAGCCCUAACAAUGUAACAUAUGAACUUCUGUUGGGCGCUAUAACAUAGACCACAGUGAAAAAUAAUGCUUUAUCUAGUUAUCUUCUUACGUAUCCACUGAUACAAUGAGAUAAACCUGACUAAAGAGUGUGUUAUGUAAUCCUCUAAAGUACAGUGAUGUAAAUACUCAGAACAUGCAUCUUUUUUAUGUUGUUUUCAUUUAGAAAGAUCCAAUAAAUUUGUUUUCUCUUUGCUA